CGCGACUGUGAUUUGAUCGGACUGGUCACAGAACAUGCCCACAGCAAAUGACAGAAGCCGUCAUAGCCGUCCUGCCACUGUGUGGUUUAUGUGUCCACCACCAAUUAGAGAUAGAUAGAGACGUGCGCGAGAAGUGUCCAUCCGUACCAACUGAUCCAUGCGGCCACGCAGCCACCCACCAAGCGCUCUCACCCUUCACAAGCGCCUUUCCCCAGCACCUGACGUAAAGGAGCGCAACUGUCCACACAGUCACGCCCUCCGCGUCAGCGCUGAGAAGGCCACUCGUCACAGGCAGAGAGAGCCGAGAAUGGAUGGACGAACCAAGUCAGCACACUGCAUGGUUUAUACACAUGAAGACGCACACAUAGAAAGCCGGGAGAUGAGCAUCGAGAAGGCAGCGAGAGGCAAGGCAAAAUUCGCGGACUGACAGAGAGGGAGGGAGGGAGGGAGGCGGGGAGGAGGAUAUGGGCGUUAAAUGGACAGAAGCCGAGAGCGAAAAACCACGACACACACGCACAUGAUCGAGCGACAUCCAUCCAUCCAUCCACACAUCCACACAUGUCGGCACUUCACCAGCAAUCGUGACGGCAAAAAAGGAACUAGCCACGCCGGUGUCAGCGAGCGAAUGUGUGAGUGAGUGGUGGGAAAAAGCGUGGCAGACGGGGGGCGGUCGAGGUGCCCGCCCGCCCGCCCGCGAGAUUAAAUCGUGCACUUCGGUCUGGUUGAUAGAUAGGGAGGCAGCCAGGCAGUACGGAGACAACAAACGUACACACCGCAUUGCACGCACCACACCCGCACCUUCCGCACGCAAACUUCGCGCUGAUGUCAGUCAAUGCAUGUAGGUGGGAAAAAAAGAAACCGUCGCAGCCCCGCGGCCCAGCCAGCAGCACGCACACACACACAGAGAGUGCACUGAGAAAGGUGGAUCGUCGGAGGGACUACAAAAAGAGAAGACUAUCUAUCUACACAGCUGCUUCCACUGCACUAGUGGAUCAUGAGGUACGACUGACUCACUGACUCGUUGGUUCGCCAUACACGAUGUUCUCGCGAGAAGGCGCACAGACAGAGAGAUGGCAUUUGGCUGCUGCAUAGGUGUGGGAGAUCUAGUCUAGGCAGCCAACACAAAACUGGCCCGCCCCGCGCGCAAACGCAUCCAUUGCUAACUCUCUCUCUCUCUCUCGCCCCCUCUCUCUACAUACGUCCAGCGAGAGGGCGAGGCCCCUCCUUCUUAAACCCUCGAGCAUGCCGUCCUAUGCACUGAUGAGCCACCGGUCAAAUGCGAUACAUAACCUGCACACACACACGACACACCGUACACAGUCAGCCUCCUCCAGACGCCCUCCCUCCCGCCGUCCGCUCACCUUGCCCUCUUUUGUGUGUUGUGGUGUGUGGUGGUCCGUUCAGGGGCUGCGGAAUGCCUCUCCUGCGUAGGAGGCCUUGCCGCCGAGCUCUUCCUCGAUGCGGAUGAUCUGGUUGUACUUGGCCAGUCGCUCCGAUCGGCAGGGGGCGCCCGUCUUGAUCUCGCCCGUGCGCAGGCCGACCACCAGGUCGCCAAUGAACGAGUCCUCCGUCUCGCCAGAUCUGCACACACACACAGAGAGAGAGCGAGGGAAAGGGAGAGGGAUAAGGCAACACACGUCACGUGUAAGAGUGGCUCGUCUGCUGUUGGUGUCUGUGUCGUGUUGUCUUGUCUUGUACCGGUGGGAGACCAUGACGCCCCAUCCGUUCUUCUGCGAGACUUUGCACGCCUCGAUGGACUCGGUGAUGGAGCCGAUCUGGUUGACCUUGAGGAGGAGGGCGUUGCAUGCCUUGGUGUCGAGGGCCUUCUUGAUGCGCUCGACGUUGGUGACGAGGAGGUCGUCGCCGACGAUCUGGAUCUUCUGGCCGAGGUCCUUGGUCAUCUUGGAGUAGCUCUCAAAGUCGUCCUGGUCGAAGGGGUCCUCUAUCGACACCAUCGGGUACUUGUCGCAGAACUCCUUGUACAUGUCCGCCAGCUGGUCGCCGCUGAUCUUCUUGCUGCCGUCGUUGGGCGUCGUCUUGAAGUCCAAGUCGUACUUCUUGUCCUCUAAACCACACACACACACACAGAGAGAGAGAGAGGGGGAGGACACACAGAGAGAGAGGGGGAGGGAGAGGCACACAUGAGUGUGUUGUGGUGUCAGACCGUCUGUGGCGUGUGUGUGGCGUGUGGUGUGUGUGGUGACUGUACGUACCGGUGUAGAACUCGGAUGCGGCGACGUCCAUGCCGAUUUUGACCUUUCCGUCGUGUCCGGCGUUCUUGAUGGCGGUCAUGAGGAGCUCGAGGCCCUCCAUGUUGUCCUGGAUGUUGGGGGCGAAGCCGCCCUCGUCGCCCACGUUGGUGGCGUCGGUGCCGUACUUCUUCUUGAUGACGUCCUUGAGGCUGUGGUACACCUCGGCCCCCAGCUGCAUGGCCUCCUUGAAGUUCUUGGCGCCCGUCGGCAGGAUCAUGAACUCCUGCAUCGCCAGCUUGUUGCCGGCGUGGCUGCCGCCGUUGAUGACGUUCAUGGCGGGCACGGGCAUGACGAACUUGUCGGUCGGGUUGCCCGCCAGGCCAGCGAUGUACUGGUACAGGGGGAUCUUCUUGGCCGCAGCACCCGCACGACAGAUGGCCAUCGACACUGCCAAAAUGGCGUUCUGCACACACACACACACACACACAGUGAGAGACGCAACACACGCCACAUGCACACACAGGUGCACCACACACAUGCAUCACCCACCCACCACACGCCCCUCCCGUGGUCAUGUCCCCCUGUGCCUGGCUGCACGCAUGUGGUGCAUGUGUUGCAUGUGUCGCAUGUGUGGUGCGCUGACCGCUCCGAGUUUGGACUUGGACCACCCCCAUUCGUUCUUGGUGCCGUCGAGCUGCUCCACCAUCAUCUUGUCGAGGCCCGUCUGGUCCGUCGGGUCCUUGCCCUUGAGGGCGGGCGCGAUGAUGCUGUUGACGUUGUCGACCGCCUUGAGCACCCCCUUGCCGAGCAGCCGGCCCUUGUCCUUGUCGCGCAGCUCCAGCGCCUCGUAGAUGCCCGUCGACGCGCCGGACGGCACUGCCGCGCGGAACAUGCCGUCGGUCGUGGUCACGUCCACCUCGACGGUGGGGUUGCCGCGAGAGUCAAAGAUCUCUCGGGCCUUGAUGCUCGUGAUCUGGGACAUCCUGACUGAGUCGGUGGUGGCGGGUGGUGUUCACACCAGGGGAGGGCAGGAAAGGGGAGGCUGCAGCAAAGAUGGACAAGGGACGCUGGGGCACGACGGAGGUCGGA